GAUCCAACCCCGGAAUGGAUAUCUCCUUCCUCAGCCUCACAUCACACACUGUCAACCUCUCUCUCUUCUUUUCAUCAUCACUACAAUUUCACUCUCCGUAACCAUUACUCUCUCUUCCCUUUAUAUUAACCCCAUCCCUCCACGCCCUCACUUCAUUAACACUUUCCACAUUCAUCCACACACCCCAACCGCUAAAAAGGGGGAAAUUCAAUUGCACAAAAUUGGAAACGGAAUUGAGGAAUGGACCCGCCGUUGGUGAAUGAGGCGUCGUUUACCGCCGCCGCGAACCCCAAUUCGUACAGUUUGGCGGGGCUGCUGUCGUUUUCAGGCAGCGGCGGGUUAGGGCUCAGGAUGGGGAAUUUGGGAGGAGGAGAUGAGGAAUCCACGGUGACAGAGCAGAGCGGGAGCGGGAACGGCGGCGCCAAGCGGAGGAGGGAUGUUGGGAGCUCGUUUGACGACGAAUCUUCCAAAAUUGUCUCCACCAGCAGUGCUAAUCAAGACGUGAGUGAUUCGAACAUGAAACGAGCGAAGGUAUCUGAAUCCGAGGAUCAGUUGAAAACGGAAGCAGAAACACAUUCGGGGAGCAGCAGCAAGCCGGCUGAGGAGAAAAGUAAACCCGAGCCACCUAAAGACUACAUCCAUGUUAGAGCGAGAAGGGGUCAAGCUACUGAUAGCCACAGUUUAGCUGAAAGAGCUCGGAGGGAAAAGAUCAGCGAGAGGAUGAAAAUCCUGCAAGAUUUGGUACCGGGAUGUAAUAAGGUUAUUGGAAAAGCUCUUGUUCUUGAUGAAAUAAUUAAUUACAUCCAGUCCCUACAACGUCAAGUUGAGUUUCUGUCGAUGAAGCUUGAAGCAGUUAAUUCAAGGCUAAGUCCCACUAUAGAAGGUUUUUCUUCCAAAGAUCUAGCAGGACCUGCAUUUGAUGCCAAUGGGAUGAUAUACGGGCCACAAACACCAACACCGGGAGUGUAUGCAAGAGGAUCGCAAGCGGAGUGGCUUCACAUGCAGGUUGGAGGUGGUUUUGAGAGAUCAACAUGACAGCAGAUUUAACAUAUUCUUGAAUGGAACCAGGUCGAAUUCAAUAUCAUUAUAUUAUACUAUAGAUUAUUGAUCUCUUUCUCUAUUUAUGGAUGUACAAGAAUAGGUUAUUAGGUAUUGUAAUCAUUGUACUGUAUGUUAGCAACCAUGUGUAACUUAUUUAUAAGAAUUGUCUAAAAUUUGUAGUAAUUCUUAUAUUUGUAUGUGAAGAAAGAUCUACCUUCUUACUUGAA